UGCGGUCAUUUUUCAAUUCAUCGCGAAAAACAUCAAAAAUAAAUAAAUAAAUAACGUGAGACAAAUCGCCAACCACGACACAGACGAGCACUGGGUGAAAUAAGAAAAAGAGGCUCGCGCCCCGGGGACGUUACGUCAACACAGCGUGUCCAUAAAAUGCGGUAGGUGCACGUGCGUGACAUCUCUGUUCUACGCUGGAAACUUGAACUCGCCCGUGGUAAAUACUUCACGCCCCGUUUCUGUGUCAGUGGGGGAAAGGACGAUGCUGACGGCGCGGCUACCUACGGCGAGCUCUGUCCCGAACCCACUUCUAAUCAAACCGAACUUGAACGCCUCCGACACUGCGAAGACCUCCGCUUAGGAGGAGUUAGUCCUGCGGCUCCCCCGGGACCUUCACCGACGCGUUUUUUCGCAGCGCGAGCGCCAACCGGGACCUGUGGAGACUCCGUCGCGCAAAGUUGGGUUCUCCGGCCAAGUAAACACUUUCUGGGAAAUGAGCCAAAGAAGCCGACAGUUACCUUGUAGCACUGUUUGGCCAGGGGGGGACGACGCGACGGCAGACGGCGUCGCGAGCGCUCCCGGCAUGACGCUAAAAAGUGAGGAGAGUCAGCUCUGCUUCAGCAAAAACUGCGGACGCGUCGUUCCGCAACCCUGCGCUAUGGAAAAGCGCCGCUGUCAGGCGGCCGCUGGUCCUCACGAGGAGUUGUUGAACGCCGGCUGCCGUGUGGGCGAGAGCCCCUCUUUUUCUACCUGCGCCACAAUCUCAGAAACAGCCAGGGAGCUGUGCAAAGCCGUGUCCGUGUCGCUGGGUCUGACGACGGAGUCCGGCGACUCGGGCGAAAUGGACGCCGCGCUGCCGGCGUGCGCCGCCGGCGACCACGCGCGAGGGGACUAUUUGUUCGCCGUGCCGCCGGGCUGUCCCGGAUCCCAGGCGGCCGUCGGCGACUACAGGUGCCCCGACGCGGACGAGCGGUCCCUGCACGGGCGGCGGCAGUUGGUGGAAGUGUUUAAAAGUUCCGACCACCCCGCGCCUCGGCUGCACCUCGCCCCGACUCGGACGUCGGGGGACCCGCCGAACUUCGCGCUGUGCGAGGCUGACGACGUGCACUCGGACGAGGCGCACCGUCUGGACCCGACGCGCGGAGCCGCCUGCACCUACGUCCCGUCCGCGCCGGACAACUUGGCGCACUUCGGCCAGACGCCCGCGGAGCGGCCGUGCCGCCUCUACAGAGCCCCCGACGAGGCGAGGGACUUCGGCGAAGUCCUGGAGAGCAAGUUCGGCCGCUACGAGGAGCCCCAGUGCGGCGUCCGGUUGAAGCGCGAGGACGGCGACGCCGACGCGGCGAUGUGGGGCGGCACGUACACCUUUAACGAGAAGUACAACACGCAGUUCUGGGGCUCGAGGCAGUGCGCGAGCGCCGGCGGCGCGGGGACCAGCGCCGCGUUCAUAUGUAGCCCGUACGAGAGGAGCGCGAGGCGUCCGGAGCAGUGGUACCCGGGCGGGAUGCUGAGGCCGCCCUACGGCUCCUCAUACAUGAAGGCUGAGGUCGGCGAGUGGGUGGACGUCACCUUUAAUGACAGCAGGUUCGACACAGGCAGGGAGCACAUGUUUCCCAUGGAGUUCUUCUUUCCACCGCAGAGGACGUGCCUGAUUUGUUCAGAUGAAGCGUCUGGCUGCCAUUACGGCGCACUGACCUGCGGUAGCUGCAAGGUUUUCUUCAAGCGGGCGGCAGAAGCCACGUGUGGUUCCUCUGUCCACGCAGGCAAACAGAAGUACUUGUGUGCAAGCAAAAACGACUGCACUAUUGAUAAACUGAGAAGAAAAAACUGCCCCUCGUGUCGGCUAAAGAAGUGUUUUGAAGCUGGAAUGACGCUCGGAGCUCGUAAACUAAAAAAGAUCGGACAACAGAAAACCCUUGAAGAGGAUCACCAUGUUCAGGACCCAGCAGAGGCCGUCCAGAACAUUUCUCCUAAAUCAGUCCUGAAUUUCAACUCCCAGCUGGUCUUCCUCAACAUCCUGCAGUCCAUCGAGCCCGAGGUGGUGAACGCGGGACACGACUACGGCCAGCCGGACUCAGCUGCCACCCUGCUCACCAGCCUGAACGAACUGGGGGAAAGGCAGCUGGUCAAAGUGGUGAAAUGGGCCAAAGGGCUGCCAGGUUUCAGAAAUCUGCACGUGGACGACCAGAUGACUGUCAUUCAGCACUCGUGGAUGGGCGUCAUGGUGUUCGCCCUGGGAUGGAGGUCCUAUAAGAACGUCAACGGCAGGAUGCUGUACUUCGCUCCGGAUCUGGUGUUCAACGAACACCGGAUGCACAUCUCCACCAUGUACGAGCACUGCAUACGCAUGCGGCACCUCUCGCAGGAGUUCGUGCUGCUGCAGAUCACCCAGGAGGAGUUCCUCUGCAUGAAGGCCCUGCUCCUCUUCAGCAUCAUUCCAGUGGAGGGUCUGAAGAGUCAGAAGUACUUUGACGAGCUGCGUCUCACCUACAUCAACGAACUGGAUCGACUCAUUAACUACCGCAUGACCGCCGAUUGUUCUCAGCGCUUCUACCAGCUCACCCGGCUCCUGGACUCGCUCCAAAUGACGGUGAAGAAGCUCCAUCAGUUUACGUUCGACCUGUUCGUCCAGGCUCAGUCACUCCCCACGAAGGUCAGUUUCCCGGAGAUGAUUGGAGAGAUAAUCUCGGUUCACGUACCAAAGAUCUUGGCGGGUUUAGCUAAACCCAUCUUGUUUCACGAGUAGAACCUUUUUUUUUUUUUAUCAGUGACUUGUGUUGUUUUUUUGCAUAAAGUUUAACAAAGACUUUAUACUGUUUUCCUCCAUGUUCAGCUUAAUUUCUUGUAAUGAUUAUUUUAUUGUUCAAGGUUGUUUUUCCUACUAGAACAAAGCUCCUACAUGUGGAGCUACAAGGCGUCACCUGCAGACGCCUCUGCUGUUUCUGAACAGAGUCUGUGGUUUCAGCAGGAGUGGAAAUGCUACGGCAACAUAGAAGUAGCAGGGUUCAAAUCAUCAUGUUUCCUAUUUGACUUUCAUUAUACACUUUAUUAGAUGCACGAGAGAGAAGCCAGAGAUUUGAUGACUAGUAGUGUAUCACUACAAAAAAAAAAAAAAAAACACUGCUGCCUUCAGGUGCAUCUGUAUCUGUCUAAGAAAUGAGGAGGAUGAAAUAAGCUUUAGGUUUUUUUUUACGUAACAAUAAUGUAAUUUUAACACAUUUAAAACCUGUAAAAUGUGAAAACAAAAUAGUGAACUUUGUAACAGAGGACGCGUUGGAUCCAAUUAGGCGAUUUGUGUUCACAUAAAGUUCUCAGCAGUCAAAGUUGGCUCCCAGUCGCAUUCGCCGCGACUCGGGGUCGUCACAAAGUGUCUCAGACAGCAGCUGAAGGCAGUUGUAGUUUAUUUGUUUUGCCACUAUUUGAACGACACCAUAUAUUCCAGACAGUAUUUAACCAGCGUUCAGUAAAAAGUUGACUUUACUGAAGCAUAAAAACGCCGCUUUACAGCCGACGCCGUGACGAGUCAUGGGAGGUCGUGGAGCAGAUGUCACUUAACUCUCACCCGUGUAUUUUACUCAUAUUGGAACCGGUGACUCUUGAUUUUUGUCUACUUCACACAACCUGAUACAUAAUCAGUAGUAUUACUUUACCACUAAGGUACAGCUAAUUAAAUGUAAAAGUUCAGCUAACUGUUAUUAUUUCAGCCAUAUUAAGAAGCUACACUUAACUCUGAAACACAAAAUGUCGCUUUAAAGUGCUUUAGCAUUCACACGCGUCGUCUUCACACUGUACAUUGUCUUUUUACUGAGCGGCCGCGCGACAACGCAGACAGACGUGCGCCCGCGUCACGUUCUCUGUUGCCGUGCCGUCUGUCUACUGGAUGUUGCUCGUUUUAAGGCGUCCACGCAUCGAGAUGUGACGGCGUGGAAGCGCAUUUGGACACUUUUCCCCGCAGCACCGCUCCAAAAUGAGUCCGAGCGUCAAGACGGCUUCGCGUGCGUUUUAAUGCAGCGCUACUGUACAAAAAACGCAAGCUCAGACUGAAGUAACACAAGCAGUGAGACCCACACCUACGCAACCGAGCUCUGACCACUAGCGGAGCAGGAACAAUGGCGCCGGGGUCCGGAGCCGCUGAAGGGGACCGUUCCACCAGGGCAACAAAUAACCCGGCGGCCAAGUCGAAACUGGAAGGCUUUAAGAUGCAGAAUGUGAAAGUCCUUGACCGACGCUGCCAAACCUCAGAAAUAGCUGUGGAAUGCCUUGAAGAUAACUGGUCACAGAGCAACGCUGCCCCAGCGCAUUAACACGAAUUAACUCGCUCAAAACAAUGACCUGUUUUUCCAAUAGACCACAACGGCUGCAACACGAGGCCAUUUGAUACUGACCUGCUAUAAAGGCGCGAACUGGGCGCCACCGGCCGCCGCGGCGGAUCCCGGCACGUGGCCAGCGCUUCCGUGGGGUUUCCCGCCACGCUCCGUAACUGUACAUUCACUGUGUGGCUUUCGUUGGCGGGCUCGUAGAUGCAUGCGCACGUCGGUACGACUCUGUGUGCAACUUUCAGCUUCACGGCGACGCACGCGCACGCUCACCUCCCCCCGCCGUUCAGCGCGCGCGCGGAUCGAGCUGGAGGCGCGAGACCGCAGCCGUCACGCCCCCAUUAACGUCUCAUGUCACGAUGCGUCUUCACACAUUCUUCUCUGUGCGAUAAAGGAACAGGGAAGGGAUGAAACGCCCAUGAAAGUGACCGCGGUGCAGCAACUAGACGCAGCCUGACACUUGCUCGCGUGCUUACAUUGAAGAAGCAGCUCGAAGCCUAAUUAGAACACGACCAAUAUAUUUUUUAUGUUUCCAAAACAGUAACAUCAUUCAGAGCAUCGGUAUUUUUAGAGAGCACAUGAUGCGUAACUUCUGAUCAAAAUCAAAAAUUCCGAAACAGGAUAUGCCUCAAGCCUGCUUUCCUUUCCUGAAUGCACUAUAUUGUCAGACUGGUGUUAGCAGUCAACAUUUUGUUACUCUUUAUUCUCGAGUGUUUUUUAUGCUGUUUGAGCUUUAUGACACGUCACAGGGACAAUCUGAAGGCAUUACCAGAGCCAGUGGAUUCUGUCGAUCUCAAUGAGCCUCGUCGAUGCCCCUGGAGUUUUUAAUACUAACGAUUUAGUCUCAGUAAGUUGGUGUUCGUUGGAUGUCAGUGGACGGUGGCUUCUACCAUGUACGUGCCCAGUGUACUGCAUAUUAACCUGGUUCUUUGUACAUGCUACAGUAAACUGUAUAUAUUGAUCAGCUGAUUGAUGGCUCGAUGUCUGUUUUGGUGUCCAAACGCUCGACUUCUAAAGUCAUCUCUUGUAUGAUUUAUACGUUUCGUGUGACCUGUUGUGUAUUUUUCAAUAUAUGUGUUUUUUCCAAGUUGUAAAGCUGCAUCAUCUUUUAAAAACAAUUAAAAUCAUUCUGACCCUGAAAA